AUGUUGUUAAAGGAACUUUGUCUUCAGAAAAGAAGCAUGGCUUCUUUAUGGAGUGUCAUAUAUAGACUUUCAAGGAACAUUCACCAAAAUGCAGCAGUAAAAGACACCAAAACCCAAAGUAAACUUUUCACAAAAGAUAAUCUGAGAGUGCAUUCUUCAAGCAUUCCAAGAACAUUUGUUAUUUCCGCUGACACUCCCAGAAGAUCUAUAACAACAAGUGUUGUGUUAACUUCUAACAAGCAAGAAGUGUGUGAUAAUGGAGAUUGUGCAUCUCAUCAGAGUGAUAAUUCAUCUGGUAAAGGAGAUUUAGUCUCUACUGAUAAACAAGAGAAAGCUGUUGGACGUCCUAAACCAGAGUUCAAAUGUUUCUAUUAUUUCCCACCAGUUAACAUCAUACGACUUAUACAAAGAUUCCAACUUCUGGUGUAUGCAACUCUGCUCCCUAGCUGUAUCUAUCACAUAUACACAAUUCCUUCACCCUCAGUUCUUAUGACAGGUUUUGUUGCUGCUAACGUACUGUUCAUGCCAGCGGUUCUCUAUGUGAUGCCGAGAACAAUAGGAAGUUUGUCGGCAGGAGGGGUGGGGGAGGUCGUGGACACUCUCAAAGUCUCAAGAUUAUCUUUCUUUGGGAAUAGAAAAGACAGUUAUUAUAAAAUAGAGCAUGUUAAACCUUUGUCCGAGGUUAGGCAUGCAAAUCUUGUGUAUGCAAAGUUUGAAUUGUAUAACAAGAAAGAUAAGUUAUAUUUGUUUAACUCAUGGGCUAAGAUCCUUGAUAAAGAAAUGUAUGAAAUUAUAAUGGGGAGACUCAAAGAAUAAAUGUGAUUUACUAAA